GUGUGUGAUCCUCCCUCGCCCUGCCUUCUAGUCUUGUCAGCCCGCGGUGCUCACAUCAGCCUCUCCCGGAGAUGUCCAAGCCACUCGGCCCCUCCCCCAGCUACUAGCCCGCGCAGUGAAAGGACUCAUUUCCUCCCGGCAGGAGAUGCUGUCGCCUCGGUGAGCGGUUGCGGAGAGGAGAGGCGGGGACUCGGGGAAUGGGGAACAGUGUUGUCGGAGUUAGAGUCAGUGCCCGCGACCACCUGCCGACCCCUCGCAGCUGGGCUCACACCGGCGCCGCUCCCAACAAGACGUGUUUGUGAGCUGUGGACACGCGGCGGGCGGGGAGGCACAGAGGCGACUUGUAGCCGCUACAGAGGGACCUGUGCAUCCAGCACUCGCUCAUACAGCGCCUCGAUCUCUCGGCAGCGGCGAUGGCAUCGCGGCGCUGUGGUCGCCUACACGUCUAACACCAGCCGCGACCCACCCGGGCAUCGACAAGUCUUGUGUGAAAUGGGAAAGCGCAGCCUCGCCACUAUUGUCUAUUACCUGAUGCUCAACGCGCCGCUGUGGCUCUGUGGGAACGCGACAUUUCUGGAAGUGCCCCAGGAUGUGAGUGUCAACGAGGGGGAUGAUAUAGAGAUGUCGUGUGCGUUCCGCGCCAGUGGGACCACGUCCUACUCGCUGGAGAUCCAGUGGUGGUAUUUGAGGGAAGGCGCCAGAGGGCUCGCUCUGGGCGCGCAGACUGGCGGCGGCGGCGACGGCGACGGCGGGGGCGGCGAACGGGCCAAGGUUACGUUAAAUAAAGGGGCCACUAAAAUCAGCACUGUCCGGGUGAUGGGCAACGAUAUCUCGCACAAGCUUCGCCUGUCCGGUGUGAGGAAGGAGGACGAGGGCGUUUACGAAUGCAGGGUGACGGAUUUCAUCGACCACCAAACUCAGGAACACAAGGCGCAGGCCACGUUGCGGGUGGAGAGGCGCCGACACAGCCCGGACAUGCAGGCGGCCGAGGCCGUGUCUCACAUCCAGAGUGCCGCCGGUCGCCGCCGUGGGGGCGAGCGCUCCACGACCUCCCCCGACAAGCGCAGGGACUCGAGCACGGUCGCCAGCCACGGCCCGGCUGCUGCCGCCUCCUCCACCACCCCAGCCUCGGCCAACAGCCCGCCCGGCAACGCCGCUAUCAUCGGCCAGCACGCUGCCGGGGGCAAGCCAACACAGACACUAUCAUCAGGUUUCGAACCCCUUUGCCCUCUGGCCCUCUUGCUGCUUAUCCCUUUAAUGGUCUCACACGAUCUCUGCACAUAUUAUUGAUCCUUGGACUGACUGCAAAGCGAACCUUUCGCAAGCCAAUAAAGAAAAUGUGCAACGAAGACACAAGAGUCUGUGGAGAGAGAAAAUAACUUAAAUACUAGUGACAUCAAAUUGCCUUUCACGAUAUCGAAGGAAGCAUUUGAAGGCAAGGGAAGGGGACAUUUUCAUUUGAAGACAACCUUCAAAGAUUGACAGCAGUCACAUUCUAAAUGUUUACAAUGUGGUACAUUAAUUUUACAAUUAACACAGUGUUGGGUGUGGCAUGGCAAUGAUAAGAUGACUUUUCUUUGUGAUGAGUUAUGCCUGCUCCUUUACUACUACAAGUCGUUCCAUAGCCACCUAUCGGUUAUCGAUAAUCUAGAGUGAUAAAGCAGGGUCGGUAAAUCUAACAAAAUGUGAAUAUUUUUAAUUGAUCUGUUUUGGUUUGUUCACUCAUUUUCUUUAAUGACUUUUGGAUUUGAUUGCCUUUUAUGUUGAAACAAAUCAUCCCACCACUGAAACUAUUCAACAUCAACAAUAUUUAUUUUUUAAUAAAGAUGGGAAUUAAAGUAAGACAUUCAUUUUUAAACUGUAUUGAUAUAUUGCUGAUAAUAAGUUGGAAUAAAGAAUUUUCAAAUAACGCCUUCAAUCUGUAAUGUUGCUGUGGUCCUCAAUAUGAGCUAAAAAAUAUGUGUUCAUUUGAUUCUUCUCAACAGAUAUCGGUGUGGUUUUGAAAUGCAUGUUAGAGACACAGCACGAAAACUGGCCCUUCGGCCCUCUAAGUCCAUGCUGACCCAUUUACACUCAUCUAAUCUGACUUUACAUAUUGUUUUCAAUUCCCCCAGAUUCUACACCCUACACGCAAUAUUCAAUAUGUGAAUAUUCACUUCUCCAACUUCAAGUAACCCUUGCUUUCCCUCUCUCUCCAUCCCAGUUCUCCGACCACAAGAUGUCCCCCUGAUUUCAUUGUAACUCUGUUUGCUCUGUAUCACCUUCCCCAAGCCAACAAUGACCUAUUGUACAUUCUCCAAGAUCUUCACUUCUUUUGACCUCUUACACUUCCUUAUCUCUGUAACUCGUUAACCCUGACGCUCGGUCUGAAGAAGGGUCUCGACCCGAAACGUCACCCAUUCCUUCGCUCCAUAGAUGCUGCCUCACCCACCGAGUUUCUCCAGCUUUUUGUCUACCUUCGAUUAUUCCAGCAUCUGCAGUUCUUUCUGAGACCUAGUGAACCAUCUCUAAACAGUAAUAUUCGACCAAUAGAUGAUAUUCUAUGUGCUGUUUUGAAAGGAGAAUCGUAGUCUAAAUGUGGACCACCUGCCGUCCGUUCAAUGUCACUGAAUGAUUCUUUAUUUUGUUGGCAUGGAUAAGUACUGGUGCUAAUAACUUUCUUCACUCACGGCUGAAUAUUCAGAGUUUAUUGGGAGUGUGCAGCAUGCCUGCAAAUGGAAAUAGCAAAGGAAGCCUGAAAGAAUAAAUUCCCAGUAAGUUCAUAAAUGAUAGGAGCAGAAUUAGGCCAUUCAUCCCAUCAAGUCUACUCCACCAUUCAAUCAUGGCUGAUCUAUCUCUCCCUCCUAACCCCAUUCUCCCCAUAACCCCUGACACCCGUACUAAUCAAGAAUCUAUCUAUCUCUGCCUUUAAAAUAUCCAUUGACUUGACCUCCACAGCCUUCUGUGGCAAAGAAUUCCACAGAUUCACCACCCUCUGAUUUCACACAGAGAGUGGUGAGUCUCUGGAACUCUCUGCCGCAGAGGGUAAUCGAGGCCAGUUCAUUGGCUAUAUUUAAGAGGGAGUUAGAUGUGGCCCUUGUGGCUAAAGGGAUCAGAGGGUAUGGAGAGAAGGCAGGUACGGGAUACUGAGUUGGAUGAUCAGCCAUGAUCAUAUUGAAUGGCGGUGCAGGCUCGAAGGGCCGAAUGGCCUACUCCUGCAACUAAUUUCUAUGUUUCUAUGUUAAAGAGAUUCCUCCACAUCUCCUUCCUAAAGGAACGCCCUAUAAUUCACUACAUCCACUCUAUCCAAGCCUUUCACUAUUCGGUAAGUUUCAAUGAGGUUCCCCCUCAUCCUUCUACACUCCAGCGUGUACGGGCCCAGUGCCGUCUGGGUAGUAGAAUGCUAUUAUGACACAAAACGCUGGAGGGAUGUAGCAGGUCCGACAGCAUCAUAUUCAUUCCCUCCACAGAUAUCGAGUUCAUAAAGUUCAUACAGCUUGGGAAACAGGCCCUUCGGCACAACUUGCCAAUGACAACCAAAAUGUCCCAUCUACGCUAGUCCCUCCUGCCUGCUUUUAUCCCUCUAAACCCAUCCUAUCCAUGUACCCAUCACAAUGUCUCUUAAACGUUGCGAUGGUUCCUGUCUCAACUACCUCCUCCUGCAACUUGUUCCAAACACCCAACACCCUUUGUGUAAAAAUAGUUACCCCUCAGGCUCCCAUGAAAUCAAUCCCCCCUCACCUUAAAACUAUGUCCUCUGGUUCUUGACUCAUCUACUCUGGGCAAGAGACUGUGUGUGUUUACCCAAUCUAUUCCUCUCAUGAUUUUGUACACUUUCAUAAGAUGUGCUCCUGUGCUCCAAGGAAUAAAAGGUGCUCCAGAACGUUGUGCGUUGCUCCAGAUUCUUGUAUCUAUCAUAAUCACGAUAAUACUUUUUUAGCCAAGUAUGUUUUGCAACAUACAAGGAAUUUCAUUUGCCAAGUCAGUCAUACAAAUAAAAAGCAACAGAACACACAAAGUACAUUUUAACAUAAACAUCCACCACAGUGACUCCUCCACAUUCCUCACUGUGAUGCAAGGUGAAAAAAAAAUUAAAAUCUCUUCCCUUCUUUGCUCUCCCACGGUCGGGGGCCUGGAGCCCCCCGUUGAUGGGACGUUCCUGACUCCCGUAGCCGGCGGCGUUUGGGCCCUCUGCAUCGGGGGGAUGUCAGCUUCCCCGUGCCAGCGAUCAGACUCAGUGUCGGGGGCUGGUCAUGCCUCUGUGGCGUUGGAACGUCCCGACUCUGCCUCUCCCGAGACUGCGAGCUGUUGAUGGUAAGUCCGCAGGCCACGGUUGGGAUCAGGCAAGGGAUCAGUAUCAAU